ACUUCCGGGAGUCAGUAGCUGAAGACUGCGGCUGCUUGGGGCGAGGGGCUGUGCCACCAGGACCAUGCUGCUGCGAACAGCUUGGAGGCGGGUGGCCGCGGCUGUGCCCGCCGCUUCCCCGCGGAGGCCCGAGGCGCCCACUCGGGGUCUGCGCCUGCGCGUUGCAGACCAUGCUCCCCAGUCUGCUGUUCCCUCAGAUAUAGCCACGGCUCCAGAGAUGGAGUCAGUGCUGCGACCUCUGUAUAUGGAUGUGCAAGCUACAGCUCCUCUGGACCCUCGAGUGCUUGAUGCCAUGCUCCCUUACCUAGUCAACUACUAUGGGAACCCACACUCCCGGACACAUGCCUAUGGCUGGGAGAGUGAGGCAGCCAUGGAACAUGCUCGCCAGCAAGUAGCAUCUCUCAUUGGAGCUGAUCCUCGUGAGAUCAUUUUCACUAGUGGCGCUACUGAAUCCAACAACAUAGCAAUUAAGGGGGUGGCCAGGUUCUAUAGGUCACGCAAAAAGCACUUGAUCACCACCCAGACAGAACACAAAUGUGUCUUGGACUCUUGCCGAUCGUUGGAAGCUGAGGGCUUUCAGGUCACCUACCUCCCAGUGAAGAAAAGUGGGCUCAUCGACUUGAAGGAGCUAGAGGCUGCCAUCCAACCCGAUACCAGCCUGGUCUCAGUCAUGACGGUGAACAAUGAGAUUGGAGUGAAGCAGCCCAUUGCGGAAAUAGGGCGGAUUUGCAGUUCCAGAAAGGUAUAUUUCCAUACUGAUGCAGCCCAGGCUGUUGGAAAAAUCCCACUUGAUGUCAACGACAUGAAAAUUGAUCUCAUGAGCAUCAGUGGUCACAAAAUCUAUGGCCCCAAAGGGAUUGGUGCCAUCUACAUUCGCCGCCGGCCCCGUGUGCGUGUGGAGGCCCUGCAGAGUGGAGGGGGGCAGGAGCGGGGUAUGCGGUCUGGGACAGUGCCCACACCCUUGGUGGUGGGGCUGGGGGCUGCGUGUGAGGUGGCACAGCAAGAGAUGGAGUAUGACCACAAGCGAAUAUCAAAGUUAGCAGAGAGGCUGAUGCAGAAGAUAAUGACGAGCCUUCCAGAUGUGGUGAUGAAUGGGGACCAGGAGCACCAUUACCCAGGCUGUAUCAACCUCUCCUUUGCAUAUGUGGAAGGGGAGAGUCUGCUGAUGGCACUCAAGGAUGUGGCCUUAUCUUCGGGAAGUGCCUGCACCUCUGCAUCCCUGGAGCCCUCUUACGUCCUUCGAGCAAUUGGCACUGAUGAGGAUUUAGCUCACUCUUCUAUCAGGUUUGGCAUUGGCCGUUUCACUACAGAGGAGGAGGUGGACUACACAGCGGAGAAGUGCAUUUACCACGUGAAGCGUCUUCGAGAAAUGAGCCCUCUCUGGGAGAUGGUGCAGGAUGGCAUUGACCUUAAGAGCAUCAAGUGGACCCAACACUAGAAGAGUGGGCCUCUGACUUUGUUCUGUCCUGGCUGCUCCUACUUCUUCUACCCAUGCACAGCUGGCUACCUUGUUACACCCAGUGGGUGCUCCAUGCUCAAAUCAGAAUUGGUAUAGCUCAGUUGAUUUCAGCAUCAGCCCACCUCCAAGACAGAAACACAAGAAAACUAUCUUUCCCUGGCCUCAGCUCCUUUGGUGGGGAACACUUCCCACUUCUCUCCAGGAGACCUUCUCAGAUCUUAGAGUGAAUGGAUGUCUCCCCCUGAAACAGAAGGGACAUUUGUGAUGAUACAGCUGCUGGACAUAUCUGUAUCCUUGGUAGGGAGAGCCAGAGGAACUAAAAGGCUCUUUACUCAGGGAGCCCGAUGUGCUGUAUGCGGACAUUUGAAUUGACGCUUGCUUCUGCUCAGCAAGACUAACUCCUUCAGGCAUAAGUGUAAUCAACUACAAUUUAGUCUUUUUUUUGUGGCUCCAAGAACCACCUUUUCAUAUUGACUGUAGACUGAACAGAAAGUUUCUUAGAAGGCUUAUCUCCUUUCUGUUCUUGUCCUCUUUCUUUUGACUUAGCAAGAAAUAUCUGUAUGACUCUACCCAUUAUUCUAAUAAUUUAUGUUUCUUUUUUAAAAUUUGUUAAUUUGCAGAGUAGAGAAAUAAAAUCACCUGCCUCUAUUUACUCUGUCACUUUAUGAGCGGCUCAGGGAAAAUUCCAAGCUGGGCUUGGGAAUUGUGGAGUAGACUACUGCUCUACUUGAUUUCCAUAGAGGUCUCAGUCUGCUUGCAUCUCUCUUCAUUCAACAGUUAUUUGAGUGCCUGUCAGGAGCCUAACAUUUUUUGGGGGGAUAUACUGGUUAAUAGUACCAAAAAGGACCCUGCCUUCAUUGAGCUUUCAUUCUUGUGGAGACACAGAAAAGUUAACAAGUAAGCAAAUAAGGCUAUUAUAGAUUGUGAUGAGUACUAUGAAAAAAAUAGAGUGGUUAAGAGGAAAUUGGGGGGGAACCUCGUAUACUAGGAAAGCUUUUUUGAGGAGGUGUUAUUUAAGCAAAAAUGUUAUCUCGAGCCAUGGAAAGACCUAAAGAUGAGAGAGGGAUGAGAAGGAACAGUAAAAGCUAAGGGCCUGAGGUAUGAAAAAUCAUGGUGUGUUUGAGAAACCAAUAGACGGCCAGUGCAACUAGAGUAGAGUUUUUCCAUUUGUAGGUCUGAAACCGUAGGUGGGUAAUUACCAGCACACACACAAAAAGAAAGAUAGAGUACAUCACACAUAUUUAUUUUGAUUAUAUAUUUUGUCGACUGAAAAAUAGUAUCAACUAAGUGUUUCAUCACCAAAAAGGAUUUAUUUGGGGAAAAAGGGUUGUAACCCAGUGUAUGCAGACAUGGCAAGCCACAUGCAUACUCUGGCCUGACUGCCAAGAUGGAGGGGUAUUUAUAGAAGGGAAGGGAAAAGGAAGUUAAUGGAAGGGGUGGUUAGAACCACAGAGCUUUAUUAUAGAGUUCUUCCUGUAGGGUUUCCGUGUGUAGGGUUCUUGUGAUUACGUAGGGAAGGAUAACUUCCAUACGCUGUAGCUCCUCCUACAGACCCUCCUGACUGAUUAUGUUUGCUUAAAGUUCCAGUUCAUCUUUCUCAAUUUGAAUGUGUAUACCAAAUUGCAAAUGUAUUUCUUAUAUGGAUGAUGGUCAAAAAAGUUUGAAAGCUACUAAAGUAUGGUGAAUGCAGAUGACCAAGGGAAGGAGGAGAUGAAAUUAUAGAAGUUUUAAAAAUAAAUUUUAAUUUGAAUAAUUUUAGAUUUAGAAAAAGGUUACAAAGAUAGUACAGAGUUAUAUAUCCAUCACCUAAUUUCCUCUGAUUUUAACAUCUUAUAUAAAACUGUGGUACAUUUGUCAAAACCAAAAGAUCAACAUCUGUACAUUAGUAUUAACUAAACUUGAUUUUAUUCCGAUUUCACCAGUUUUCCCAUUAAUGUCCUUUUUCUGUUCCAGGAUCCAAUCCUGGAUACAUUGCAUUUAGUAGGGUUUGUUUUUAUGCACUAUAACGCACUAUAUUAUACCAACGAAGAGUAUAUUUAAUAAAGUGUAAGUUUGGU